AUGAAAGGACUUCUUCUUUUCCCUCUUCCUCUUCUUUUCCCUUUUCCUCUUCUUUUCCCUCUUCCUCUUCUUUUCCCUCUUCUUCUUUUUCUCUUCUUCCUCUUCUUUUCCCCUCUUCUUCUUCUUCUUUUCUUUUUUUUUCCUCUUCUUUUUUUCUUCUUCCUCUUCUUUUCUUCUUUUUUCCUGAUAUCUUUCCUUCUUCUUUUCUUUCAUUCUUCUUUCUUUUUUGCAUUUCUUCCUCUUCAUUUUCCCAGUCUUCUUCUUAUCAGUUCUUCUUCCUCUGGGAAAAAUCCCCCUCUUCUUCUUCUUCUUUUCCCUCUUCUAGAUUUCAGCAUUAAAUUUAUAGACACUCUUCUUCUUUUUCUUUCUUUCUUUUUAUUCUUUUUCCCUUUUCUUUAUUCUUUCUUUUUUCUUUUCUUUUUUCUUUCCCUAGAUCAUUCUUUUUUUUUCUUUUCUCUUUUUCCUCUUCUUUUUUUCUUCUUUCUUUUCCCUCUUUGGGAAAUAAUUUUUUCUUCUUUUCUUUUUAAUAAAUUAUAG